AUGGACAAUCUUGAUGAAGUUAUAAAAGAAUAUCAGAAGUAUCUAGAGGGAAAAGAAAAGACACACAAGAUAAAUUCUUGUAAGCAGCUAUGUUGUGAGGAAGAUAAUUUAAAACCUGUAAAAAAGUACUUUAUGGUUUGUCAGAAGAAAUAUAUACCCAGCAUUAUUCAAAAGAAAAAAAAAGAAAGUAAUGAACAUGCUCCUUCCUUAUUAAAUGAUAAAAUAUGCACAAACGUUUUUGAAAGGUUAAAUGAUAAAAAAUUUUAUACGGGAGUUCAAAAAAAUAAAUUUAUCGAAUUAUUAAAAAAUAAUAAAAAUAAAUCCUCCUAUAGUUAUAAUAAUAUAAAAGCAUUUUCUACUAUCAAGAUGAAACCAUGUAAUUAUGUUGUAACUCCUGGUACGUUAGGUAUACAAAAAUAUGGUAUACAAACAGGAAGAACAAAAACUAUAUUUCUUUUUAAUAAUGAAAAGAAAUAUGAUAAAGGAGUAUAUUUUUUAGUUAAAUCAUAUAUAAAAAAUAUAAAAUCAUUAUGUUACGAAAUUACAAAGAUUUUACAACCUUCUAUUGGUCCUACUAGAAAAAUUUAUGACCAGAACUUUUCGCUAGUUAAAAAUGUAAACGAUUUGAUAAAUGGGGGGAAAUAUUUAUGUACCUCAGGUGACCCACCUGCACCUAUUCGUAAUUUGAGUAUUCACUUUCUUUCGUAG